GGGAAAGCAGGCGACGAGCAACAGCUGUGACCACGCUGGGCGCCGCGCUGGAUUGCGAGCGGUUCCGAAGUGGCACGUCUCUAAGUGCAGGGUGGCGGUGGCUGGACGUGGUUUUUUUUAACCCCACCCCCCGCAGUAUGUCCGAUACUUUUAAUGGUGAGUUACUAUGCGGGUUAGUGCCCAGUUUCCCUCGUGGUGUUCAGACAUGGCUCCCCGACCAAAUGCAAGAAAGGUUGUAGCUGCAAGGACAAUACCUUGGACAUUUGUUGAAUUUUUGAAUAUGGAACAAAUCUCAUUCGUUAGAAGACUAUACAUUGGAGGACUUGGCCAUUCAGUUUCUGAAGAUGAACUGUAUGAAAGAUUUAGCAAGUUUGGAAAUGUUACAGAGACUGAAAUCAUUAGCCGGAAGGAUGAGCAUGGGAACCCUACCAAAACAUUUGCAUAUCUUAACAUCCUCCUUUCAGAGAAAGCACUUAAAAAAUGUAUAUCAGUUUUAAAUAAGACAAAAUGGAAAGGAGGGACACUGCAAAUCGAAUUAGCAAAAGAGAGCUUUUUACACAGACUAGCACGGGAGCGCCAAGAGGCUAGUGUGACAAAGGAAAAGACAAAUUAUAAUGGUAUGACAGAUAUUCAAGAAUCUCUGAAGAAAUCUGGAGUUAUAGAUUACUGUGUGAAAGCAGUACCAGGAACAGAAAUACCAAAUCAUAAGGACUGGGUGGUUAGUAAAUUUGGCAGAGUUUUACCUAUCCUUCACCUGAAAGAUCAACACAAAAGCAAAAUAAUGAAAUAUGACCCUUCCAAAUAUUGCCAGAACCUUAAAAAACUAGAUCAAGAACCUAUAGAUUCAGUUCCCAUUUCACAGCUCACUUGGCAUCUGGAAGAAGCUGACAGUAUUAUGAGCAAGAAACGGCAAGGGCAAUUCCCUGAAGCUAAGAAGCCAUCAAAAAAGAAAAUAAAAAUACAGGACAGUGACAGCCUAAGCAAAGUUGAAUCAAACCCAGCUAAUGUUGUCCUUGCAAAACAAAUUCAGAACUGCACCUCUAACUCCAAGAAGCAAGCUAAUCAGCACUCUUCAGGUCAAAAGCUUAAAGCUGGAACCACGAGUUCUAGGCACAUAAAAAGCCUGUGUGGUGAUGACAUAGAUUCAGAAGAAGAAAUCAGAGCGAUUGAAGCAAGCGAGAGAAAAAAGCACAAAGGUAAUUGUACUACUGCACUUGAGGAUAAUAUGGAAGUUGUCGGUGAUGACUUUAAGCUGAAAUACAAUACUCAUUGGUCUCUACGGAAAGCAAACAAGCAUAUAGCCCAAGCAUGCAGUGGACUACUAAGGCCUGCAGAAAAUGAAUCUGAUUAUGAUUCAGUUGACACUGAUGAAAUUAUAGCUGUGACUAAAUUAUCUCAUGACAAAGAGAGAAAUGAAUCUCUACAGGGCUCUAAGGAAACAGAAGAGCAGAAUGAUGGCCAGCCAAAAAGAACCAUCCAUGCUGAAAGUUCUCCAUCUUCUGGUUCAAAAAGGUCCAAAGCAGCAGAAGAAAAAAGAGCAGAAUCUGAAAAACCAUCAGAUGCACAAGCUACUCUGGACAGAUGCAGAACUGAGAGUGAGGAAAACUCAAAUUCGUGUUCAGACACAAGUGAGUCUGAAGGGGAUGAGAAUUAUGAAUCCAUGAUUCAAAGUGGCUUCCGAUUAGAUCUUACCUUAGAAGACUUAGAGAAAUUAGCUGGUGAAAGUAGUGAAGAUUCAGAGGAAGAUAACAAAAUACUUCAAAGUACCAAUCAAUCACAAACUAAUUACUGCCCAGGUAGUAAAACUGGUACUGCCCCAGAGACACCCACAAUUUCCACCACUUCCAAAAAAUGUAUUUGCCCUGAAGAAAUACUUGCUGCCAUUUUAAAAGAAGAGAGAUUUGACAAAGAUGAUUUGAAACGAAAACAGGCAAAAGGGUACAUUCAACCUUUCAAAGGCCUGGGGUCACUUAUCGGAGUAUCGCCCGAGAGCGAGUCGGAUGUCAAUGUGCAUGAAAAGAAACAGUCUUCUUUUGAACUUGAAGUGGAGUCUCUGAAAAGUGUUACAGAAGUAGAAUAUUCCAGUUUGACAAGUAAGAAACUUAACUCCAAACCACUGUCUUUGAAAGACUUGGACUUGGACAUUCCCAUAGUAGGAGGUCUUUCUAGAAACUCAAGUGAACCUUCUGACCACCUCCCUGGCAGUAUUGGAAAAGCAGAGAAAAUAAGCCAUGAUGUAAGUAUUAUGCCUGGAAGUGAACCCACCAAACAUGGGAAGUCUGUUUCCAAGGGACCAACAACUUCCAGUCUUACACAGAAUAAAGAUUUAAAUGGCUCUCUGAAAAAUGAAGGUGGCUAUUCAGCUUCUCCCAGAAAAACAAAGAAAUCAGAUAAUGUGGGAAUACAACUGGAGGACAACGAGAAAAGAUUGGCUGCCAUACAAGAAAGGCAGAAAGAAUGGGAGCUCCAGAAAAUAAUUAUACAGGAAGCUCUGACCAGCCAGCAAAUUCAGUCAACAAAUAAACAGAAGCACAUCGUGUUUGAUUCAGAUACUGAAAAUGAAGUACAAGAGCAUACUGAAAACGAGUCUUCAGAAAAGAUCUCAGUAAAGGAAUUCACCCCCAAAACUUCUGGGAAGCUGUUUGACAGCAGCGAUGAAGACUCAGACACCGCAGCUGAUGAAAAUGAUCGGUUCAAAAUCAAACCUCAGUUUGAGGGCAAAGCUGGAGAGAAGCUUAUGCGUCUACAGUCACAUUUUGGCACAGAUGAAAGAUUUCGUAUGGAUGCUCAUUUCCUUGAAAGUGAUAGCGAUCAGGAAGAGGAAUCAAAGAAAUCAGUAACAGAGGAAGAAGAGGAACUUUCUUUAGAAAAGAAGAAGAAUCUUGAGAUCUUGAAAAAUCUUCUACAUAUUGAUGUAGACCCUCCCAAACGUAAGAAGCUAACUGCAGAAGGCCAGAAAUUCAGAGAUAUGAAUACCUUACGCUAUGACCCCACAAGGCAAGAUCAUGCAGUAUUUGAAAAAAAGCCAGCUAAUGCUGAAAAAGAGAGUAAAGCUAAAAAGAAGAAGAAGAAAGAAGAAGCUCAGAAACUGCCUGAGGUGUCUAAAGAUACAUUUUACAAUGUCGCCGUGGACUUAAAAGAAGCCCUUGGAUCUACAAAACAGGAUGAAAAAACAGAAAUAAUAUCAUGGGACCAGCAUGAUGAUGCUGAACAAACCCCUUCAACUGAUAUACCAAAAUUCAGUGCUGAAAAACAAGACGGAAACGGGGGUUUUACCUUUUCCUUUUUUGGUGAUGAAGUGGCGAGAUCACCUAUUAAAGAAGAUUCAUACGUAGUUGAAAUACUAAAACCUUCACGAGUAGCCUGGCAAGAAGAUCCCCGUUUUCAAGAUAGUAGUUCUGAAGACGAAGAAUCAGAAGCAGCUGAAGUACAAGAUGUCGAAGAAAGUUCUCCAGCUGAACCACAUUCAAAUAUUAGAUUUUUCUUCUUCUCACAAGAUGAUGACAGAUUAAAAGAAGGCCCCAAGCUAUUCUACAAGGCUUCAGAUCUUGAUGAAGAAGCAGAGGAUUGGGAAAGCAGGCGCCAAAUAUUGCUUGAGGAUUGUCGGAAGAAGCAUAAAGAUGCAAGAAGGAAAGUUAAAACAAAACAUUAACUAUAACAGUUCUGCUAAAGAAGAAAGAUUCAGAAUGUUGAAUAUACUUGGACUGAAUCCUGGGAUAAUGGAAACUGUUGAGAAAACACAUCUACGAAUAGCUUGGAAGUAUAAAUUAGUGCUGAAUAAACAACUUUGUGAAAUCAGAAUAGAUUUGUAGUUCUGAUGUCUCUAAUGCUUACAUUUCCAUUAUACAGUAUGAACAUUUAUUAUUAAAAUUCUAAAUUAUGAUAGGCAACGAUCUUCACAAUUAGCAUUUAUACUUAUUGCCUGUCUUUUAUAAUCCUCAUGUCAUAUUUUGAAAGACAACAUUUAGGAUUUCAUAUGCAUGUAGGUUCUUUGUCACAAAAAAGCAACAUUUGAUGGAGAUUAAUAUAAUUUGUUCUCUGAUCUAACCAAGACUAGGUGUAAAACAAGCAAGGAUCAAUUGUAAUGAAGUGCAAUUAAGUGACAAAAAACAAGCAGUUUUUGUGUACAGAAUUAUAUUUACCAAAUAUAGUCAGUUUAAAUUGUACAAAAGUGUGUUAUUAUUAUUUAUGUUAAUAUAAGAUUAUUUUUGUACCUUGAAAGAUUGAAUCCAGGCCAUUGGGAAAGGAGGAGUUAGAAAAGUUAGAUUCUUGGAAGUUCCUUUCAUAAGCAUUUUGUAAUGGUACACAUAAUACAUCCCUGGAUUAUUUUAAUAUAAUAAAAAGUUAGAUGAUUGAAAAAUAAAACAGCAAAUUGCAUUGUUUCUAUUUGAAAAUGGUAUUCAAAGUAUAGAAUAUAUAAUUGAUUGAUCACCCUUAUGGAAUACAAAUAUUUCUGAAUUUUAGUCUCUUUGUGGAAUGUUGCUUUUCGGAUAGACAAUCAUCAAGCAUUGUAGGCUUCUUUUCCUCCAACUUGUAAAAUAGAUCUAAAUUGCCA